UUGCUUUUUGUGAAAGCUUCGAAAAUUGUUUUUAUUCGCUAAUAAAAUCUAACCUAAUUUAAAUCUGAAUCAAACAGAAUUUUAUUCGAAUUCCUGAAGGAGAUGGGAAGAAUUGUGUAGCGUUGCAAGACUCGAUGCUACAUGCUACUACAACUGAGGCUUGAAAGAGAGUUUAAUCAUAGUUAACCUGAUACAUAUAAAUCCAAACUCUUGAAAGGAAGGUUUACAUUAAAAAAAAAAGUAAUCAGUUUUUGACAAUCUGAUUUUGUUAUAUCGAGAGCUUAUUUUGGCUGACAAUGAAUAUCCUACCGAAAAAAAGAUGGCACGUACGAACGAAAGAAAACAUCGCUCGUGUACGGAGAGACGAAGCAAAAGCUGCAGAAGAAGAGAGGAUUAGGAAAGAGCGAGCUCAAAAAGCAGAAACAGAAGCAAGGGUAGAUUUGUUAAGGCAGCGAGUAAGAUCCAAGUACGAUGGUCGAGCAGAAGCUGAAGGUUCUACCAGCAAGAAGUUGGAGCAUGUCAAUUUUUUUGCAGAGCUUGAAGAUGGAAAGAUCGAUUACAAUAGACCUAAUGUGGAACAUGAGAAGGAAAAGAAGGAGGAGAAAGAAAAAUAUGAGAAGCAGAUAGGAUAUUUGACUUACCUAGGGCAAGAUACUAAUGAAGCAACUGGCAAAAAAAACUGGUAUGAGGAAUUACCAAAAAGAUUAACUGAAACAGAGAGAGAUGUAGAGAUAGAAACAAAGAAAAAAGUCUUGAAUGAUCCAUUGAUUGAUAUAAAGAAGUAUCUCAAAAUCAUGCAUUCUGCCAAAGAUCUGAAAGUAAAGACAGAGAGUGUUAAGAGAAAAUGUCAUGACUCUGAUAGUUCUCAUUCUGAUCACAAAUAUAAUAGCACUCACAAAAAGCAUAAGGUUAAAAAACAUAAGAACAAGAAACAUAAACAUUCAGAGAAGAAAGAAGUUAGGAGCCAAAGUAGCAUAGAUACAGAUAUAGGUAUAGAAAAGUUAAGAGCAGAGAGAUUACUCAGGGAACAAAGUGAGAAACUAAGGACUGAAGCACUAUUGGCCAAAGUGAAAGGUGAACCAAUGCCUGUUGUAGCACCAGAAACUCCUAAGCCUGUCAGAAAACAGAAAUACAAUUCACAAUUCUUUCCUGAAAUUGCUAGACAAAAUGUAGAAAGGACGCCCAAAUAUUCUAGACAAAAUACAUCAACUCUUUGAAACAUGUUAUUUUAAUAUUUUUAUUUCGGGAAAUUGUAAUUAUAAUUUUAUUAUUUAUAUUGUAUGUAAAUAAAUAUAUAAAUAUUAUACAGAAAA